AUGUCUGAUCAAGUUAUCUACCUCGCUAUUAUCAUCGGCCUGUACAUGCUGUACAAGUUGGCCAAUUCGACGGACCAACCAAAGAUCAAGGGUAUCCCCGAGAUUCCUGGUGUACCACUUUUUGGAAACUUGAUUCAGUUGGGGACGGACCAUGCCAGAGUUGCGCAGAAAUGGGCCAAGAAGUACGGUCCUGUCUUUCAGACACGCCUGGGAACCAAGCGAGUCAUCUAUGUCAACUCUUAUGAGGCCGUAAAGCAUUUCUGGAUCACUCACCAGUCGGCACGAAUCUCCCGCUCCACAUUUCACACGUUCCAAUCAGUUGUUUCUUCAUCCCAGGUCUUCACCAUUGGCACUUCGCCAUUGGAUGAAUCCUGCAAGAACCGCCGCAAGGCCGCCGCCACUGCCCUCAACCGCCCUGCCGUUCAAUCUUACAUGCCGAUUCUCGACCUCGAAUCUCUCCUUCUUCACGAAAUCACCUACGUUGAGCGCGAGAUUUCAAACUUCAGAUCAACUAGCAACAACUGGCAGGACUAUGUUCCACUACUUCGACUUUGGGGAGCGCAAAACUCAUCAGCUGAGGAAUUCAGAGUCCGACGUGACAAGUAUCUGUCUGACCUUCUGGCCAACCUCAAGAGCAGAAUCGACAACGGAACAGACAAGCCUUGCAUCACUGGAAACAUUCUGAAGGACCCUACCGCCAAGCUGAACGACGCCGAGAUCAAGUCUAUCUGCCUCACUAUGGUUUCUGCUGGUCUGGACACAGUUCCAGGUAACGUCAUCAUGGGCAUCGCAUACCUCGCAACCGAGCACGGCCAGAAAAUUCAAGCCAAGGCCCUCAAGGAGAUCUACAAAGUCUACCCCAACGGUGAAGCCUGGGAGCGAUGCCUCGUUGAAGAGAAGGUUCCCUACGUCACCGCCCUCGUCAAGGAGAUUCUCCGAUUCUGGACCGUUAUUCCUAUCUGCCUGCCUCGGGAAAGCAUCAAGGAUAUCCCUUACCAGGGUACCGUGAUCCCUGCAGGAACCAAGUUUUUCAUGAACGCCUACGCCGCAGACUAUGAUGAAUCACGAUUCGCGAAUCCUUACGAGUUUAACCCUGAGCGAUACAUCGACGACAAGGAGGUUGGCACGCCUCACUACGCCUAUGGUGCUGGAUCACGAAUGUGCGCGGGCUCUCACCUUGCAAACCGCGAGCUUUACACAGCUUUCAUCCGCCUCAUCACUGCUUUCGAGAUUCUUCCUCCCAAGGACAAGAAGGACUUUCCCGUCAUGGAUUGCAUCGAGUGCAACGCCAACCCUACUUCGCUGACGACGGACCCCAAGCCUUUCAAGGUCGGUUUCAAGCCGCGAGAUGAGGCCAAGGCUAGGGAAUGGAUUGCUGCUGGCGAAGAGCGAACUCAGGACAUAAGGUAG